AUGGGCUCUUGCAUAAUGUCCAUCGGGGCGGGGCUAUUCACAAUUCUCAGGGUCGGCACGGAUGAAGGGAAACUGAUAGGUUAUCAGAUAAUCCUAGGAUUUGGGCAGGGUUUCUGCUUUCAAGCACCUAAUCUUGCUGUGCAGGUUGUCUUGUCAGCUAGGGACGUGCCUGUUGGCGCUUCGCUAAUGGUGUUUGCUCAACUCCUCGGGUCAACUGUGUUCAACUCUGUUGGUGAGAAUAUCUUGGUUAAUCAGCUUGUUCAAAGACUAUCUGACGUACCGGGAUUCAAUCGAAAUCUCAUAAGUUCGAGUGGUGCCACAUCGGUAUUGAGCGCGCUCCCGCAGAGUGAUAUAGAACAGGCCUUGGUGGCCUAUAACGAGGCGCUGCGGAUGGUAUUUGUGGUUGGACUGACUCUGGCAUGCCUGACUGUGCUCGGUACGGCUACUCUAGAGUGGAAAAGUAUUUUGAAAAGGCCAAACGUGGAAGAUCAAGGCGGACCGAAAAUUGAAGCAGCGGUUGAUGGAACCGAGAAGGCGGCAGCUUCCGAGACUUCAUAA